GCCCGCACUAUAAGAUGCCGGGGGUAUUUUUAGGGUUUCCGCCGCCAGCCACACCCCAACACCAAAAACCCUCCCCUCUCCCCCCUGCCCCCCUGCGCGCCGCCGUUUCUGCUCUCCCGGAUCGCCAUGGCGUCGGAGAAGAAGCAGUCGAACCCGAUGCGGGAGAUCAAGGUGCAGAAGCUCGUCCUCAACAUCUCCGUUGGAGAGAGCGGAGAUCGCCUCACUCGCGCCGCCAAGGUGUUGGAGCAGCUGAGCGGGCAGUCCCCAGUUUUCUCUAAGGCGAGGUACACUGUGAGGUCUUUCGGUAUCCGGCGUAACGAGAAGAUUGCAUGCUAUGUUACAGUCAGGGGCGAGAAGGCGAUGCAGCUUCUCGAGAGUGGGCUGAAGGUGAAGGAGUACGAACUGUUGAGGAGGAACUUCAGUGAGACUGGCUGCUUUGGGUUUGGUAUCCAGGAGCACAUUGAUCUUGGCAUCAAGUAUGACCCGUCCACAGGUAUUUAUGGUAUGGACUUCUACGUUGUUCUUGAGCGUGCUGGGUACCGUGUUGCUCGCCGGCGCCGGUGCAAGUCUCGUGUUGGGAUCCAGCACAGGGUGACCAAGGAAGAUGCCAUGAAGUGGUUCCAGGUCAAGUACGAGGGUGUUAUCCUGAACAAGUCUCAAGCAAACGCCUAGUAAUCGUCGAGAGUAAACCAGUUGUCCCUUAGAACUCCAGUUACGUUUAGUCUGCACCAUGGUAUUGUAUGCUUGUUGGAUAUCAGAUGCACUGUCAGUUUUGCCUCUGUUGGAGUUGACCUUCUGCGUCCAUAAAUCCAUAUUAAUCAUCAGACAAGCACCUAUUGGCUAC